AUGGCCUUCAGCUUCGAGGGACUUAAGUUUUAUGUCUCCAUCCACACGCCCAAUGAGACAAAGAAGAUCAUUCGGAGCAAUGGCGGCAUCGUGGUCGCCAACGAGAAUGAUGCAGACAUACGCAUUAGAGACCCGUCUCGCGGUCCACCAAGUUACCGUUCUGGCGAUUACUACUCCCACAAGUGGAUAGUGGACUGCAUCAAGCAGAAACGGCAAGUCGAUGAGGCGCCGUACCUCAUACAACGGCAAGCCCGCCCGUCGACUACACCUGCGCGGCCUGCGCGCAAUGAGCGGACCGAAGGCGAAGGCGAACGCGAACGGUCUCCGCCUCAAAGGGAAGAAGAGGAUGGUUUGGUCUAUGCGUCGGCACGGUCUCAGAGUGUCGUAAAGACACGCAAUGCAUUCACGCGCGAAGACGACCGCAUCCUGCAAGAUUGGGUCAUACAGAAGGCGACACGGGCCAUCGAGAAAGAUGAAUAUUUCCACGACCGCGGUAACGAGAUGUACAAGAAGCUGGAAGAAAAGGUACUGCGCUUCUGCCGUGUUUCUGUGGUUUCCCCCCCUUUGCCUUUGACUAGAGUCGAACUCUGCUAA